AUGAAGAAACUGGAGUGCACCAACCUUCAAGGGGCCAAGAUUGACGCACCGAAACACGAAGUGGAAGGCCCUGAGCCGCCUGCUGUACGUGCCACGACCACGGUACGUGUGACAAUGGUCAAGGAAUUCAUGACAGACGCGCAAUGGAAGACGGCCCGCCAGCGGCCCGGCGCCGUGGCGACGGGAGAUCUCGAUAAGGACGCCAUCCUGGCAGCGGAAGCCUUCUCUGAGGUCCUCGAAGCAGGAAAAUUGGUAGCCCUGAUUGGGUACCUCACGGUCGCCGCGGCUGGGCUGGCCCCAGUGCUCGCCGCUUCCGGAGCCCACGGCCGCUUCUACAGGGUGCUUGCGAAGGACCGCUCGGGCCCAGACACACCAGUCCGCUGGAUUAAACGGUUCGACGACGCGAGCCUCGACUACUAUCGCCGUGUACAAGCACCCGAUGGCGUGGCAGUGCCUGGGGUGCACGACAUGGACGUGGACUUGGACGCCGAAUACAUUACCGACAAACAGAAACGACAAGAACGGUGCGACCAGGAGGACAUGGACCUCGACGGCCUAGCGGAGGAGACCCGGACCACUGAGAGGGCCAAGAAGACAGCCGCACGGGAGGCGGAAGACGCCAAAGUCCGUGACGGGAUCAAGAAAGCCCGGGGUGAAGCAGCGGCUGCGCCGGCAGAGCUACCAGGGACUGCAGGCCCAGCAGCCGCGCCAGCGGCAAAAGCAGCGGCCAAGCCCGCCGCGAAGCCGCCGCCCAAGCGGAAGAACCCGUUCGAAGCCAUCGACCCCGGUUCCAACGGAGGCGACUGCGGAUACCGGGCCCUGGCUGCGGGUUGGGCUCUGCUCGGGGGAGUCGCCAAGGCCACGCGGGAGAACACGCUGAACCCCGCCAAGCUCGAGAGAAUGGCGAAGACCCUACGCGGCAUGUGA